AUGAUAAUCCGGGAAGCUAUAUUGAUAUUUUUAAAUCUUGCCGCCCUAACUCUAGCCAACGAGGCUUUUUCGCCUUGCAACGGAAAAUCGCAACUGGGUGGUGUUUGUGACGUGAGCGCCGACUGCGAACACAAGGGCUCGGUAUGCUUGCGCGGACGGUGUAGAUGUCACCCUCACUACAACGAGCAGCUUGACGAGAAGGGAAGGAAUCCGCGAUGCAUGCCAUUGCCCUCCAAAAUCGGAGCCGCCUGCACGUCAAAGUGUCGCGAGCCGCUGUUUUGCCGGAAUGGUGAAUGCCAUUGCGUUCAACGGGGUGCCACGUUGAUUCAGGGGACCGAGUGUACAACAACGUCUCGCGUUGGCGAUCGGUGUACGCGGCAUUACGACUGUACGGCCCCGUUUUCGGCAUGCCUAAACUCGACCUGCGUUUGUAUCACUGGCACGAAACAGCAAGGCUCUCGUUGUGUCGCCGCCGCGAAUUGCCCAUUAGGAGGAUUACCUGGGCAGAGUUGCGUUCGAAAAACCAGCCCCCAGAUGGUCUACAACGUUCCGCCCGAUCAGGAUAACUGUCCACCCGGCCAGGCUUGUAUCACGCCCGCCGACUCGCCGCUCGGUCAUUGUUGCCCCGUGUCAUGUCCGUUGUCUUCACAUGCUGACACGCAUUACAGCUGCGACCCACUGGCUUCCACAAGCGAACGCUGCCCAAGCGAUACCCAUUUUUGCCACAUGAUGUCGGACGGCGGCUUCUCGUUCGCUAUCUGUUGUCGUCGGCCGUGCCACGCGAUGGCCCCGAAUGCCCUGUUCGCCAACAACGCGUGCAUCCCGCGCUCGCAGCUCAACGGCGCGUGCUUCUCGGACUCGCAGUGUGGCGGCGGCGAGGGAAUGCACUGUGUACAGAGCUCGAAGAGACGGUAUACCCGCUCCUCGCCGCCUCAUAAUGUGCACCGUGGCUAUGGCCGGUCGAGGGACGGGCAUCAUCACCGUAGACGCCAACGUGUCGCCCCAAUGCACGGUCAAUGCGAAUGCCUGAACGGCUUCCACCCGUCGGUCGACGCCUUGACGCAUCCGCUGAAGAAUCCGUCGAAUGGUUGCACCAGGGAUUGUACUAGUGAGGGGUUGAGCCGGGAUACGAGUUGUAUGAAGACCUCCUCCCUGGGUGGUCAAUGCUUCAUCCAGCAGCAGUGUCCGGCCAGCUCGGGCUGUUAUAGGGGACGCUGUCUUUGCAGGCGAGUGAAGCAUUUUGCGACCAUUCUGAAUAUUCUAGCGAGGCGAAAAUCAAAUUUGAGACGAUGCGGUUUCGAGCAGGUCGGCUCCAAAUGUAUCCCUCUACCACCCCCAUCCACGACGACCGCCGCGCCAAGCAUCAACAUCGUCCCCGGUCUGCCGAAGGGCAACGAGCUGCUGUCGCUGUUCGGCGAGCUGUUCGGCGGCGGUGGCGGCGGGGGCGGCCAGUCCGCCGGCGGUCGAUCCCCCAUUUCUUCAUUCCUAAGGCCAAAU